AUGAACUUAGCAGCCAACUCACAGCAAGAUCCAAAGCCUUUUUUGAAAAGCCUUUUGGCGUCUUUUGACCUUCUGUAUUUCCCAAGCGGGCCUAGUGCUCAACCACAAUUCCCCAACGUCGAGGCCUAUGCUACCCAAUUUGGCAAACAGCUAAAACCCGCCUGUGCUAUAAUAUUUGACGGUCACCCGUUGAUACCUCAGGCACCUGCUAACGAUGCUCGGUUGGAGUUCCAGAAGAAAUGGCUUGGAUGCCCAUUAACCUCACACCAAAUGAGCUCCUACGACGCCCAUCUAAUCCCUGGCACAGGCUUGUAUUCCGUUACUGUGAACGGCAAAGUGCGUUUUGACGAAGGAGGCAAAUCCAGGCUAGGGGAGUCGGCUGAUCUUGUACAGACGCCCAAUGGCCCUGCCAAACCAAGACCCAUUUGGGGUUCCUGGUACGGUUUCAACAUGAACAUGGUGAUCGAUGAGGCCGUGUUUCAACUAUAG